UAUGCUGCCGGUGUGGCCCUAAAAAAAAAAAAAAAGAAAGAAAGAAAGAAAGAAAAGUAGGCAGGUUCUAAGUGUGUAGAUUGAUGAAUGUACACAGAGUCAACCCACCCAUGUAACCAGCACUCAGAUCAGAACAUUACCAGCACCUAAAAGCCCCAUUCUGUACCCCCAUCAAUAACCCCUCUUCCUCCUCCAAGGGUAACCACCACUGUGAUUACUAACAGUUCGUUUUGCCUUUUUUUGAACUAAGUUAAAUUGCUCAGCGUAUAUUUUUGUGUGUGUGACUUUCACUCAGCAGUAUGUUUUUGUGAGAUGCAUCCACGUUGUUGCCUAUAGCAGUAGUUCAUUCCUUCUCACUGCUGUAUAGUAUUUUCUUUUGUAAAGGUGCCACAGUUUAUUUCAUUUUAUUGCUGAUGGACGUUUGGGUUAUUUCUAGUGUGAUAUUAUUGUAAAUUAUGCUGCUCCUAAAUAUUCUUGUACAUGUCUUUUAUGUGUAUGUGCGGGAAUUCCUAUUGACUAGAAGCCUACAAGGGGAGUUUCUGGGUCAUAGGUUAUGCUUAUAUUCAACAAAUCACAAACUGUCUCCCAACAUGGUUGGACCAAUUUUAUUCACACUAGCAGUGUGUGUCUCAUUCUCUACGUCUUUACCAAACCUUGACAUUUUCAAUCUUUACUUUUAGCUAUUCUGUUGGAUAUGCAGUGAUACCCUGCUGUGAUUUUUAAGGUGCAUUUUCCUGAAUAUUAAGGAGUUUAGACUCUUUUCAUAUAUUUAUUGGCAAUUUGAAUAUACUCUUUUAUGAAGUAUCUGUUCAAGUUUCUUGCCCUGGAACUAAUUAUUAGAAGGUGUGUAGAUAUUAGACAUAAAAAGCAGAAGGAAGGGCAUGACAACCAGAGGGAACAGCAUAUGUAAAUUAAUCACCUGCCCAGAGCAUGGGAGUAUAUGAACAGAUAGUGAGAAAUCAGCCACUAAAAUGCUAAACUUAAGCAGAGCCUAUGAAGUGAUGACAGCACUAUCACAGAAGAACAGGCUGUCCCAUGCUGUACUACUUAGUAGAUUCUGAGAAAUGUAUGACAAUCAAAUAUCUGAAAGUUGAUCAAGGUUUAUUCACUGGAAGGGCAGUUCAGUUUCCAGUGAGCUAAAAGGUAGUAUUUAUACAUUCCUUUUAAUGCUUAUGGUACAGUUUUCCUUCUGGCCCAGGUGACCAAGUGGGCAGGUGAGCAUAUCUCAGGGAUGUCGGGGGAGGUUGUUGUCAGCAGGUUGCACUUCAGUCGUCAUUGACUGCUUCUGUUAAGCCCCUGACAUAUUUUUUGUGAGCCCACUUCUGUCCCCCAUCCUUUCUGCCAGGGCAGCUUCCAUUCUUUAAACUACUUCCCACAGCAGCCCUAAGCUGGAAGGGGAAGGGGAACAAGGUCUCUGUUUCCCCUACAACAGCAAUGUGAGCUAAAGAGAGCCUUGGCCAGCCUCUCAGCAUGUGCCCACCUAGGGGGACCCCUGGACAGCUGCCCCCCCUUGAGAGAGGUCACCACAAACACUUCUUGUGAAACACCCAGGUAUGUCAUGGAAAUAGGGCCUUUUUCCCUAACAGCAGUACUAGUCAGGCAGGGCCACCACUUAAUAGUUUCAAAUUGCUAAUCCUCAAAGGAUAAGUGAUAGACCAAAUUUAGGCUAUGAGUAGUAGGGGUAUGGUAGAGUCAUUGUCUGAUGGGCAAAAAUGUGGGCUCUGUAGAAGUAGUGGAUUAUCUGCAGGCAGAAGUGAAUGUUAACAGAAAUGCUUUGACCUACUUGCCUAUGUAUUAGAGAGCAGUUCUGUUUUGUUAAGAGCCCUUAUCAAUGUCAUCACACUUCUGUCAUCAUGAGCAACAAAAGGACAUGGCCAGCUUCUGGUAGAACCAGGCUCAUCACACAAGAACAGACAUCCUUGGCCCUAGAAUUGCCAUAUAUUUCCUGACAAAAUAUCCUUUUGACAAAUAAUGAUCCUCCUGAGCCAUUUACAGAGGGUCUACCAUGAAGCCAGAGUAGUUUUCAGCCUCCAGGAGCCAAAGUUUCCACCCAGACACCCAGAAACUGAAGCAAUCAGAUCUGGCCUGCAUAAAGGAACUCUUCUCUGGGUCAGAGAAUUACAAGUAGUUUCCAGCCUUUUCAGAUUUAAUGGAGUAGUAAAUUUUCAGAAGAAAACUUCAGUGGCCCAUGUAAAGUUGCCGUCUUCUUAUUUUUCAAGCAAGGACAGGUGACUGUGGUUUGUGUGAAUUUGUAUUUAAUAGUCACAGCUGUCAUUUGUUAUCCACUAUGUGCAAGGCUCUGUGCUGGUUACUUUUCCGGAAAUAUCUCAUCCGAUCUUCACAAUGUCCCUGCAAGCUGACCGCCCAGAGGGUGGGUGCUGAUUCCACCAGCUGCUGCAUCUGUAAAGCCAGGUUCAGAAAUGUCAGAUAUCCUUCGGGAGCUGCUCUGUGUCUCUGAGAAAGCUGCCAACAUUGCCCGGGCAUGCAGGCAGCAGGAAGCCCUCUUCCAGCUGCUGAUAGAAGAAAAGAAAGAGGGAGAAAAGAACAAGAAGUUUGCAGUUGAUUUCAAGACCCUGGCUGAUGUACUGGUACAGGAAGUUAUAAAACAGAAUAUGGAGAACAAGUUUCCAGGCUUGGGGAAAAAAAUUUUUGGAGAAGAAUCCAAUGAAUUUACUAAUGAUUUGGGGGAAAAGAUCAUCAUGAGACUGUGUCCAACAGAGGAAGAAACAGUAGAUCUUCUCAACAAAGUCCUUAAUGGUAACAAGUUGGCAUCUGAAGCAUUAGCGAAGGUGGUACAUCAGGACGUCGUCUUUACUGACCCAGCUCUGGAUUUGGUAGAGAUCAACAUUCCACAGGACAUUUUGGGAAUUUGGGUAGAUCCCAUAGAUUCAACUUAUCAGUAUAUAAAAGGUUCUGCUGACAUUAAAUCCAACCAAGGAAUCUUUCCAAGUGGACUUCAGUGUGUCACUAUUUUAAUUGGUGUCUAUGACAUACACACAGGGGUGCCCCUGAUGGGAGUUAUCAACCAACCUUUUGUAUCGCAAGACUUAAACACCCUCAGGUGGAAAGGACAGUGCUACUGGGGCCUUUCUUACAUGGGGACCAACAUCCAUUCACUUCUGCCUUCCAUCUCUACAAGAAACAGCAGGGAAACGCAGAGCCAAGAGCCCAAACCCCUCCGUUCUGAGGCAGAAUGCCCGCACCCGUUCUCAGCUGUCAUUAGUACCAGUGAAAAGGAGACCAUCAAGACUGCGCUGUCCCAGGUGUGUGGAGAGCGAGUAUUCCGGGCAGCGGGGGCAGGUUACAAGAGCCUCUGUGUUGUCCUUGGCCUUGUAGACAUUUACAUCUUCUCAGAAGAUACCACGUUCAAGUGGGACUCUUGUGCUGCUCACGCCAUCCUCAGGGCCAUGGGUGGGGGAAUGGUGGACUUGAAAGAAUGCCUGGAAAGAAAUCCCGAUACAGGGCUUGACUUGCCACAGUUGGUGUACCACGUGGGAAACGAAGGUGCUGCUGGAGUGGAUCAGUGGGCCAACAAGGGAGGUCUAAUUGCAUACAGAUCAAAGAAGCAGCUGGAGGGGUUCCUGAGCCGCCUCUUCCAGUACCUGGGCCCUGCAGAUGCAUACACGUAGAUGAGCUCUGCCUCCUGUACUCGAAACCCAACUGUGAACCUCGUUUCCACAUCUCCAUCUUUUGAAGACCACUUUGUCCUACUGAUGGUCAACAUUCACCUGCCUCUUUUGAGGAGAAUUUUUCCAUGAUAUGUUCAUAAUGUUAAUGUCAAUAAAUGAAUGAUAUUCAUGAAGCAAC